AUGCUGGCGUCAACGUUGAGCGCGCCACUUGCUGCUCUCUUGGUGCUUCUUCGCGCUCCCAACGUCUUUGCCACGUGGCCUGUAAUCUGCCUCGAACAUAUCGACUCGGUAUACCAGUCCCUCGCGCUCGCAGCGCUUCCGGCACUCCCUGGCGUUCGCAUUUGCUGGUACCGCGGGCUUCAAGAAGUACUCGGUAACCGCUACAGCAGCCUCGGUGCGUUCCUCACUACGUGGCCAAACAAGCUCCAAUCCAUCGAGAAUGCCAUUUUCAGCGCGUACUUUGACGAGAUCAAGCACGCACUGCCACUGUGUCGGUGGCUCACCGACGUUGACGUCCGGGUCAAGCACUGCAUGACGCUCCUCCCGUGGCUUCCACCUUCGGCCUCGUCGCUUCGAAGCGUGAGCCUCGUCGACUCGGACGCGCUGCUCCGUGCGAUUCUCGUGGCGCAAAAGUCACUGCAUCAUCUCACGUCGCUUGUCGUGAGCGCCCGCGAUUCAGCCAGUGUCGAGCACCUCAUGCUGCACUAA